AUGUCAGGAUAUCAAGGCUACAAUCAAACCGAAUAUACCGGGGGUAAUUAUGACGGCGGGUUCUCCCGUGGUGUCUCUAACGGUGAAGGUUCUCAAUCAAGAACAACAACGAGUGGUGGUGCCAGAAGUAAUAGUAUAACUCCAGUUACAGUGAAACAGAUGCUUGAUUCUGAUCAGCAAGGUAAUCCUGAUGGUCCAUAUAUCAUUAACAAUGUUGAAUUAAACUUGGUUUCCUUUGUGGCAAUUGUUAGAGAUCAGACUCCAAGUGACACCAACACUUUGUACAAAGUUGAAGAUGGGACAGGGAAUUUCGAAUUUAGACGUUGGCACAAUGAUUCAUCAAGAAAUAAUGAUGAAAUGGAUGAAGAAAUGUCAGGCGGAGAACACUUCCCAAACAUGAAAGGGAAAUAUGCUUUCAUUACCGGGUCUUUGAAACAAUUCAACGAAAAGAAAAACUUGCAAUAUCCUACAGUCACCGAAAUCACUGAUCACAACCAGGUACUCUACCACUAUCUCAAUGCCAUCAAGGUACAUAGCGAAGCACAGGGUCUUUCUGGGAAAAGUGUUGAAGAUAACAGUAAUCCACUAUUUGUUUCUGCUCCAGCUCAUGAAGAAGCAGAUAUCGGCACCAAAAUUCUCAAACUUAUCAAGGAUAACACUCCAUCUAUGCCAGAUGGGGUUCCUGUUCAGUACAUCCAACAACAAUUGGGGGUUGACUAUAGUGAAAUUGUGGACAAUUGCAACACAUUGGAGGAGGAAGCGAAGAUCUACAAUGGUGUUGAAGAAGGUACAUAUUUGGCUGUUUAA